GGCGCAGCGUCGUCGUCGUAGUCGUCGUCCCCGCCUCCUCUCCAGGGCCCGCGUCGGAGCCUCAGCGGCGGCGGCGGUUACAGCCGAAGGAGUGCGUUUGGCCCGGGCGCGGCGGCGGCCAUCGAGACCCGCCCGAGGCCCGUCUCCCUCAGCCUCGCGGCGCUCCCAGGUUGCAGCGCGCGCCCCUCCAGCUCGUUCGCUCGCCCUCUCCCUGCGGCCGGCUGCGCCAUGGCGUUGGCGUUGGCGGCGCUGGCGGCUGUCGAGCCGGCCUGCGGCAGCCGGUACCAGCAGUUGCAGAAUGAAGAAGAGUCUGGAGAGCCUGAACAGGCUGCAGGUGAUGCUCCUCCACCUUACAGCAGCAUCUCUGCAGAGAGUGCAGCAUAUUUUGACUACAAGGAUGAGUCUGGGUUUCCAAAGCCCCCAUCUUACAAUGUGGCUACAACACUGCCCAGUUAUGAUGAAGCUGAGCGAACCAAGGCCGAAGCUACUAUUCCUUUGGUUCCUGGAAGAGAUGAGGAUUUUGUGGGUCGGGAUGAUUUUGAUGAUGCUGACCAGCUGAGGAUAGGAAAUGAUGGGAUUUUCAUGUUAACUUUUUUCAUGGCAUUCCUCUUUAACUGGAUUGGGUUUUUCCUGUCUUUUUGCCUGACCACCUCAGCUGCAGGAAGGUAUGGAGCCAUUUCAGGAUUUGGUCUCUCUCUAAUUAAAUGGAUCCUGAUUGUCAGGUUUUCCACCUAUUUCCCUGGAUACUUUGAUGGUCAGUACUGGCUCUGGUGGGUGUUCCUGGUUUUAGGCUUUCUCCUGUUUCUCAGAGGAUUUAUCAAUUAUGCAAAAGUUCGGAAGAUGCCAGAAACGUUCUCAAAUCUCCCCAGGACCAGAGUUCUCUUUAUUUAUUAAAGAUGUUUUCUGGUGAAGGCCUUCCUGCAUUUAUGAAUUCUCUCUCCAGAAGCAAGAGAACACCUGCAGGAAGUGAAUCAAGAUGCAGAACACAGAGGAAUAAUCACCUGCUUUAAAAAAUAAAAGUACUGUUGAAAAAGAUCAUUUCUCUCUAUUUGUUCCUAGGUGUAAAAUUUUAAUAGUUAAUGCAGAAUUCUGUAAUCAUUGAAUCAUUAGUGGUUAAUGUUUGAAAAAGCUCUUGCAAUCAAGUCUGUGAUGUAUUAAUAAUGCCUUAUAUAUUGUUUGUAGUCAUUUUAAGUAGCAUGAGCCAUGUCCCUGUAGUCAGUAGGGGGCAGUCUUGCUUUAUUCAUCCUCCAUCUCAAAAUGAAUUUGGAAUUAAAUAUUUUAUUGUAAGAUAUGUAUAAUGCUGGCCACUUUAAAGGGGUUUUCUCAAAAGUUAAAACUUUUAUGACUGCAUUUCUGCACAUAUACCAUAUAUGCUGUUAAAAUUAAUCUAGAAAUUUAUUCAAUUGUACUGUGUGAACACCUGGAAGCAAAAUCAUAGUGCAAAAUACAUUUAAGGUGUGGUCAAAAAAUACAUCCUUAAUUGGUAAAUAAUAAGCAUUAACUUUUUAUAGUCUAUAUUCAAAAUUCUGCAGUACCUUAUUGUUUGUGGUCUGUGGUGUGUACCCAAUGGAUUCUAAAGGUGUUGUCACUGUAUAAAAUAGAAAGGACUCUAGGACAAAUGCAGCUUAAUUACUAAAAUGUAAUUCUUGACACUCUCUGUAUGAUUAGAAUCCCUAUCUCUUUUUUUCUUUUUCUUUUGUCUCUUCAUGAUUAGGCCAAAGGCUCGAGUAGGGAGAGGAUUAGAUACUUGGAACAAAGAAAGAAUUAGCUUGGAACUUUUGAGAUGAUCCCUAACAUACUGUACUACUUGCUUUUACAAUGUGUUAGCAGAAACCAAUGGUUAUAAAUGUAGAAUGAUGUGCUUUCUGCCCAAAUGGUAAUUCACCUUGGUUUGCUAUGUUAAAACUGUAAAUACAACAGAACAUUAAUAAAUGUCUCUUGUGUAGCACCUUUUACUGUA